GUUAUAAAGGGCAGGGCCGGCUCGGCGGGGCUGCAGUACCUCGUUAAAGGCGCCAGGUGGCGGUAGCGUACCAGGGAGGGAGGGGGCGGAGCAGCGUCGGCGUCUCUUCCCCCUCAAACUCAAAUUCCCGCCAUCCGGGGAGGGAAGGAAGAGACAUGGUAAGCUAGCGCCGCCGCCGCCGCCUCUUGGGCUCUCCGCGCUCUUGCCGGGCUCCUCCCGCGCUGCCAACCGGUGCCCUGUGCGGCGGGGAUGCUGUGGCUGAGGGCGGGUUCAGGUUGCAGUGGAGCGGGGGGAAUGCGCUGCUCGCGGGGUCGGCGCAGGCGGCUAUUCGGCAGGCGCAGCGAGGAGGGGGCGACCCUUUAAAGUAGCUCUCCUGCUCCCUUGCUUUAUAUGAGAGCCCAGCUGCCUCAGAAAAAGUCCACAUUAAUGGACUUAUUUCCCAUAUAUUUGUGGGACAUCUUUCCCAUAUAUAGUGUGUGUGUGUGUGUGUGUACACACACACACACAUUAUAUAUAUAUAUAUACUCUGUAUAUAUAAGGGAUGCAGGUGGCGCUGUGGGUUAAACCACAGAGCCUAGGAUUUGCCGAUCGUGAGCUCCCGUUGCUCUGUCCCUGAAUAGUCAUGCUUCUGAAUACCGGGAGGCAGAGCACAGCCAUUGUGGCUAGUAGUCAUUGAUAGCCCUCUCCUCCUCCACGAAUUUGUCCAAUCUUUUUUUAAACCAAUCUAGGUUGGUGUGCAGGGAUGUGGGUGGCGCUGUAGUUUAAACCGCAGAACCUAGGACUUGCCGAUCAGAAGGUCGGCAGUUCGAAUCCUCACGAUGGGGUGAGCUCCUGUUGCUCCGUUCCAGCUCCUGCCCACCUAGCAGUUUGAAAGCACGUCAAAGUGCAAGGAGAUAAAUAGGUACCACUCUGGCAGGAAGGUAAACAGCAUUUCCGUGCGCUGCUCUGGUUUGCCAGAAGCGGCUUAGUCAUGCUGGCCACAUGACCCGGAAGCUGUACGCCAGCUCCCUCGGCCAGUAAAGCGAGAUGAGUGCCGCAACCCCAGAGUCGGUCAUGACUGGACCUAAUGGUCAGGGGUCCCUUUACUCUCUCCCCCUCUCUCUAUAUAUGUCCCACCCUUCUUCCAAGAUAGCCCCCCGAACUAUCUUCCAUGUUGUCCUCUCAACAACCCUUCGAGGUAGGCUAGGGCCGAAAGUGACAGUGAAUUGUGUCAUUGUGCCUGCGGUCAGAAUGGCGGGGGGGGUGACGUCUCUCUGAAGACAGCCAUUGAUUUUGAUGGGAGAUAAGCAAACAUUAGCUAGAUAAACAGGUGAGAUAGGUGUCCUUUUUGUAGUUGUAUUCAGCAGUGUGCCAUUGAGGCAUUCAUAGUGGUUUAUACCAGACAAGGUAUAAGGGGUCAGGGGACCACCAGCAGUCAGUGAGUUUCAUUCGGAGGGACCCCGGAAGGUCUGUGGAUUUAUGGCUGGAAGACUACUCAUCCAAUGCGUGAAAUGUUCGUAUGGAUUUCUAAUGAUAUUUUCACGUUAAGCUUUUGAGAUGGGAGUGGGCUAAAUAUUUAAAUUUCCCCCCAAAACCUGCUUGCAUACUAGCGAAAGGCAGCAAGCUCCUGGUCUUUGUGCGUGGACUAUAGCAUAAGUUUGAAUGACCAGUUGGUCAUUUCUCCAUAGCCUUUGAUUAUAGUGCACAUACUCAACAAGUAAGUUUCAAUGAAAAGGAAGACACGCAGGAAGAUGUGGGAAGCUGACUUACAAUACCAGCAUCCUAUAUGAUAAACUUUAAUUCUUAUUCUUUGUCUGGUUUGCAAAUAGUAGGCUUUCAUGUGCACAACUAGUAGAGAUGCAGCUGCUUAUCCACACUGCAGUGCCACAAACCUGCAGGAAAUACCUUGCAGACUAGCGCCGCUCAGUAAAUGAAAUGAGGGGUUAAAAACCUCUGUUUGGGUUGAGCAGGUCAGUUACCACAACCUCUCUUCGGUCUUGCUGCCAGCAGCUCCGCUUAAGUUCUCAUGCUGCUGAGUUUUUAACACUUAUAACACCUGAGAGCCAGUGUGGUGUAGUGGUUAAGAGCGGUAGAUCCGUAAUCUGGGGAACCGGGUUCACGUCUCCGCUCCUCCACAUGCAGCUGCUGGGUGACCUUGGGCCAGUCACACUUCUUUGAAGUCUCUCAGCCCCACUCAACUCACAGAGUGUUUGUUGUGGGGGAGGAAGGGAAAGGAGAAUGUUAGCCGCUUUGAGACUCCUUAGGGUAGUGAUAAAGUGGGAUAUCAAAUCCAAACUCUUCUUCUUCUUCUGUUGCUUCUCACACAUUCUGAGAAUCACAAGUAAAACCACGCUGGGUUAAAGAGCAUGUAGAUGUCAGCAUUUCCAGGCAAGUAUAACAGAACUCUCUGUAGGACAGAAACUUAAUAUUGCAUCUUGUCACUGCUUUGGGUUGAAAACCCAUGUCCUGGCAUGCUUACCUAACUUGCUUCCCCAAGAGAUUGAAAGGAUUUUUUUUCCACACUGUGGCUUGAGACUUUUUUAUGCAAUAUGUCUCCCACGUACAUUUUAGUCUUUGUGUUAAUGCUCCCCAGAUAUAACACAUAUAACAGAGCAUGUGUCCCGGCCAUGUAUUUAAUAUUUUGCCUGGUAGGAAUUUUGUGCAGGUGAAUGAAUUGGCUGAUGGAAGAGGGGUAGAUCUCUCUCCAUUUCUUCUCCUCCAGUCCACUUGGUUUCUGUGGAUUAAGUAAACUUGACUAUGUCUUUUCUCCAAGCCUAUUUAAGAAAAAGCUUUUUUAAAAAAUAAAAAAAUAGCCAAGGCCAUUAUUUUGUGUUUCCACGCUGGUCACAGAGAAGGGAUUCCACCUACUCUGCAACCAGGAUGGAAACACAGACUAUACAAGCUCUUUCAGGGCUAUGGUUUGUUUUGUUUGCUGGCAAGUAUAUUGUGGUCUCAUUUACAAGGCCACUGUGACACACAUUUAUGUAUUACUGAGGAUGUUGCUGCUGGGGGAGGGGGGAGCAGCCCUCUUGCUUAAAAAAUAUGCAUUCUAUUACAGUGGUACAAUGGGUUACAAACGCUUCGGGUUACAAACACUUCAGGUUACAGACUCCGCUAACCCGGAAGUAAUACCUCGGGUUAAGAACUUUACCUCAGGAUGAGAACAGAAAUCACACACCGGCGGUGUGGCGGCCGCGGAAGGCCCUAUUAGCUAAAGUGGUGCCUCAGGUUAAGAACGGUUUCAGGUUAAGAACAGACCUCCGGAACAAAUUAAGUUCUAAACAGAGGUACCACUGUACUGGAAAUGAGCUGUGCAUAGCAACCCUGUGCAUGCUUAAUUUGGAAUAUAUCCAACUGAAGGAAGUGUGACUUCUAAGGAGACGUGUAGAUGCAAAAGUAUCAAGUAUUCAAAAUGUAUUGAUUAUUCUGGGAAGUCUCAGAUUUUCCUAUUGUAUGCCAUCUCUUGGCAUGGCAUAGAUGAGAAAGGCAAGGGAAGAGAGGCUUGGAGUAAGCAAACAAUUACUUCUGUGGUAGUUUACUUAAAAAGAAGAAGCUUAUAUUGCAGGUGGUGUUAGUCAUUGUUUCAAAUGUUGUUACUCAUCCUAAAUGUGCUGCCUGCCAAUAUUCUGAAUAUGGGUCAUCAUGCUUGAUAAUGCUUGUGGUGCAUAAUGAAUGGUGGAAUCAUAUGCUUACCUGAAAGAGUGUCCCACUGAAUUCAGAAUAGACAUGUAUAGGUUUGCAGUGUAGGGCAGGCUAGGAAUAUUUAGGAUUCAUUCAAAUGUAUUUGGAAGGAGAGGUUAUGUAGUUUGCAGCAAGAGUCCUGGGCAUACCAUUAUGGGUUCCCCUCCGACCCUUGACUUUCCCUGUAACAGCUAAUUGCUAAGCUUCUUUAAAAAAAUUAAAAGUGCCAACAACUGCUGCAAAUAAAACCCAGGAGAUCGCUCUGAAUGUGCAUUCCCACUCAUAUUCUCAGAAUUGCAUGCAAUUUUUAUUCAAGGGGGGUUGUCACAGCAGGCUUUUCUUCUGAAGGGCUGAACAUGAACAGAAACUGAUUCUGCAUAUCCUGGUAAUUAGGUCUUAGUAGUUCAUCGACUACAUAGGCCAAAAUCAAUAUAAUCUAAUAAUACCAAUUAAAGUCUUAAUGGACUUAUGUUGUCAGACCCACACCAGGUGUAACACCGUGACCUCAUAACGUAUCAUGCCACCUUUCUUUCCCAUCUUUUAAUUCAGCACCAUUUAUGACCUUUAUCCUUCCAGCAGAGAUUUAGCCAAUUCACUCAUUUGGAUUCAAGCCAAGGUGGAAGGUUCUUGCAUAGUAGGCUUAUAACUAUAACCCAAACUAAAACACUACUUACAGUCCAUAUGGGAGGCAUAGGAAGUUAAUGUGUAUUACUGAGCAGUUCGAUUGUUGUUUUUUAUUGUAUCUUUCUUUUGUAUUUAUAUUCUAUUCCCUGCUUUGGGGGCUUUUGAGCCAAAGCACUCUGUUUAUAUAAACGACAACAUAACAUGUUUUCCCCCCUAUUCAGUCAAAGAAAAGGGGGCUGAGUGUUGAAGAGAAGAGAACACGGAUGAUGGAAAUAUUUUUUGAAACAGUAAGUAAUACUUUGUUGUUGUAGGUAACAUUAUGAAUGUUUCACAGUGAGCAUGUAUUGACCCAGAAUUGAAACAUGCAGUUGCCAAAUGUGUGUAGGGCUGGCCCAGAACUGAUUGCUGCAAACUGAAUGCUUGUGCCAGAAGCCCCCAUAAUGUCAGAAAGGAUGUGUACUACAGUGGGGUGUACUCUCAGCUUGCACAGAGAGCUGGCUGUACCAAAACCAGUAUGAGAGCCUUUGACCUGCAUUCUCCUUCUGGUAUGGUGAGCACCUAUUAAAGUUGGCUACCUGUGUGGUUGACAACCAGGACUGCAUUAAUUAAAGCAGAGAUGUUUAAACCCCACACAUUCUUGGACUACAGCUCCCAGCAUCCCCAACCAUUAGCCAUGCUGACAGGCUGGUGGGAAUUGGAGUACAGCAGCAUUUUGAAGGGAUGCAGCUUUUCCAUUCUUUCUUUAAAGUAAGAUGUUCCAAGAUGUUUUCAGAAAUCAAUCUGUAUGUAGCUCUGAAUUGCAUAAACCUAAAUGACCCCUAGACGGUUAAGUCCAGUCAAAGGUGACUAUGGGGUGCGGCGCUAAUCUUACUUUUUAGGCCAAGGGAGUCGGUGUUUGUCCAAAAUGCAGAAAUGUCUUCAUGCUUGAGACUUCAUAUAUAUAUAUAUAUAUGUAUAUAUAUAUGUAUAUAUAUAUGUAUAUAUAUAUAUAUAUAUGUAUAUAUAUAUACACACACACACACACACACACACACACACACACAUAUAUAUAUAUAUAUGAAAUGUGUGUGUGUGUGUGUGUAUGGAUAAUUUACUGUUUCCAAUUUGCCCAGUAGCAAGUGUAGGCUUGUCUUGAUCACCAAUAAGUAAGGUGGUUUUAGAUCACAUUCACACCAUACAUUUAAACUACAUUAAUACCGCUUUAACAGUCAUGUCUUCUCCUAGGAGGCCUGGUAACUGUAAUUUACCCUCAAAGAACUACAUUUCCUAGAACCCUUGACAAACUACAGUUCUCAAGGUUCUUUGGGGAAAAGCUAUGACUGCUAAAAUGGUAUGAGAGUGCUUUCAAUGUACAGUACGGUAUGGAAUAUGACCUUAGAUAAUUCCUGGGAGCUUCUGUUGCUCCCAGAAAGGCGCAGGUAGGAAAUUAAUCAGAAGGAUAGCCAGUUCCCAUAUGUGAAAGCAGUAAUGUGGUGCAGUAACUUAUGUAAGCUGCAAAGCGCACUGAGUCAUAAAUGUUACUCUUAAAACCACAAGCCCUUAGAUUAAUUGAAGGAAUUUCAGAGUCAUUGUGUGAUUAUGGAUGAUGUGUAUGUUAUUUUUAUUUUAUUUGUGACAGAAAGAUGUAUUCCAACUAAAAGACAUUGAGAAAAUUGCUCCAAAAGAGAAAGGAAUCAGUGAGUACCUAGACUUAUUUCCCACCAACCUUUUACUCAUAAUAGCAAACAGUUUUACAAGGGUAUCACAUCAUAGCUGUCAACUUUUCCCUUUUCUUGCAAGGAAUCCUAUUUGGAAUAAGGAAAUUUCCCUUAAAAAAGGGAAAACGUUGACAGCUAUGUAUCACAUCCUGUUCACGCAUAAACUUUAAGAACGUGAUCUAAAUAGCAGUAUUGUAAGGAACUAUACGAGUGCUGUGCUCUUCAUGGUGUAGGUGAGGGGUAGCGAACUGGAUCUGAUCAUCAGGCAGAUCCUUACUUCUCCCUUCCACCCCUUGCCACAUGGGCCAAGUUUGGCAGGUAGAUGGGGGUGCCCACAUAUCAAUCACCUGUUUUCACAAUCACACCAGGGAACCCAUUUUUGUCUUGGUGUCAGUUAGCUGAGUGGUGUGAUUUUUACAGCACCACGUAUGGAGUUAUGCAAGCCUUGACACUUACCUGGUUGUCAGUGCUUGCAGAAAGCUAUGCACAGGUAUUUGCAGGAGUUGCCAAUCGGCUGGUCUGUGGUGCUUGCAGACUCCCUUUGGCCCAACCACUUAUUUGCAUGCCUCACACCUGAUGUGGGUGUGGCUUGGCUAGAACAGCCUGAUGGACCAAAUGGAGAGACCCAGUGGACUGAAUUAGGCCUGCAAGCUGGAUAGUUCCCCAUAGUUGCUGUAAGGGAGGGACAAGGGAGAAGCAAAACAUACUGACCUUGUUGUUGGUGUGGAAUUUCUACACACAUAUAACACUUCUUGCUCCAUAAUUAAUAUAUAAUUGAAAUGCUAAAAAUGGGCUUUGGGGAAAGGGAGUUGUUUUCUUCUUUGGCCAGACAAGUGAUUUUUUUAAAAAAUGAAAGGCGAAUGCUUAAAUUUUUUUGGUUCUGUAGCCAUUUUAGGAAUUCAAAGUAUGUUGCAUAUAAUUGUUUCUGACAUACCUGCCAAAGAGACCAUUCUAUUCCCUGUGUCCCUCUGCAAUAUGUCAGCUGUGGUUAUGUCAUCUGUGUGCCAGAUUUGCGCAGCAGGGGGACAUAGAGAGGUAAUUUCAGCAAUGCUUAAACAAGUCUUAAAUUUGUUUACUCUACAAAUUUUCUGUACUCUGAACAACAUCUAAAUCAGGAAUUGCAUGGCUAGUAGUCAGAGAUGAUGGGAAUUGUAUGCCAACAACAUUUCAAGAGCCAGAAAUUCUCCAUACCUGCUCUAGAUAUGAUGAGUUGUAUCCAAUUGACAUUAUUAGAAAUUACUAACGUAGAAUCAUUCAUUUUAGUGGGCAACCCAGAGUACAACUUGAUUCAAUACACUAAAUAACUUUUAAUUGGGGCUGAUUUUGGAGACUAGAGCUAGGAUGUCAAGAGGCCCCAGACUUUGUGUGCAUUUCCUUUUGACUAGCUUAUUUUAUAAAUCAUAAUGAGCUGUGAGAUUUAAGAUGGCAAGGGCUAGAUACCCAAAUAAAUAAAACUUGCAUCAUGCUACUAUUCAGAAUUAUCUUGGAACAGGUAGAAUAUAAAAACAAUACCCCUUCCAGUUUAAUUUAAUAAAUAAUAAUAGUAAUAGUAAUAAUAAUAAUACCAUGACCUAGCAACGAUGGCUGUUGAAUGAGUUCAAUAAGUCCCUUGGAAACUCUACGGACGUGGCCACUUGACAUCUUCCAAGAUAAUAAUGCCCACUCACAUUAUAAAGAGCUCAUAGCCUACCUACUCUCAGCAACCAGAAGCAUCAUAGCCAGACUGGAGAGACCUGCCAGGAGUAAACAUGGUCCGAUGGUAUCAAAUAGUAUAGGAAAUAGCCUUACUAGAAGAAAAAUUAACCAAUAAACUGAACCUGACAUGGGGACAAAUAGAAGAAGACACCUUCACCCUGGUUGGGUUCCCCUUUAUCACAUACAUAGCCCAACAAGACAACAACAAUAAACCGCUGACAGCAUACAAAUCAAUAUGUCUAGCCUGACCCAAAAACCCACACACUCACACACAUAAACAAAUCUCACUACAGCCAACCAAAGACAACCAAGCACACCCUAGGCCACCCCAACCUUUCUCACCACCAAGGAAAUAUAACAGGUGAAUAGAAGGAGAACAGACUGUCUCACUGAUCACCCCCUAUCGCAAACAACAGGGGGGAUGGCCUGUCCUUGAACACGGCCUUCCACACCAGCUGAGACCUAGGACCAACUGGCUAAAUGCCAGAUGGCCUAAAAUACCCCAAACAAACACCUAUAUGACUACAUAUAGGAAACUCUCUACAACUUACCCCCUACUCUUUAACCCAAAUCUUACUCUAAUCCCAUUAUUCCCCCACCCACCACACCCUAGGUCAGCGCAACCCCACUUUUUUAAACAACACGAAGAGAGAGACACAAGACAACCCGAAUGGGUUGGCAGGGAAUUGCCCCACAUAAUAGAUAAGCAAGAUGGCUAACCUAAAAGCAAUUACAUUAAACGUGAGGGGGCUGGGAAACCCCAUCAAAGAAAACGCAUCACCUCAUACAUAAACACCAUGAAACCACACAUCACCUUCCUACAAGAAAUACACAACCCACCCAAAGGCAGCAAACUCCUGAGCGACCCCGCUUCAGUCAACAGUGGGUCGCACAAGGCUCAGGGAAAGCUCGUGGUGUAGCCAUAAUACUCAGUAGAGACCUGAACUUCACUGCCACAACAGUCCUCAAGGACAAAAAGGCAGAUUCAUUUUCGCUAAAGGGACACUAGAUGGCAAAAUCAAACUGACAAUUGGCUCCAUAUAUGCCCCAAACACGAAACAAUUAGAAUUCUUCCAGAAGACACUAAACAAAUUCCUCUCCUUCUCCGAAGGGGAAGCAAUCCUAGGAGGGGACCUCAAUCUAAAUAUGAAAGGUAUAUCGCUGAAAGAUAUCCACCCCACAACCCCAUGGGCAACCUUCCUCCGAAGGAAACCCCCAACAACCAGGAACUCUUACAAGUUACUAAAAAUGCUAAAAACAGGGGUCUCUACGACAUUUGGGGUGAGCAGAACCCGGGAGACAUCAGCCAUACAUUCCAAUCGGGACGCCAUGAUACAGUGUCCAGACUGGACAGCAUUCUACUCACACAGGGUCUGAUCCCUCAGUAGAAUCAACAAACAUAGGUAACAUUAAAAUCACAGACCACGCCCCAGUAGAAGUCAUUGUUAAAAUAGGAGAAGGAACACAAACCACCCCAUCAUGGUCCUUCAGUCCCAUCCUAACUACAAACAAACAAAUUAGAGAGAGUCUCACAAAAACCCUCCAAAAUUACUUCAAAGAAAACGAUGUAAACAAUAUAACAACCCCCCUCCUAUGGGACGCAAUGAAAGCGGUCACCAGAGGAGCUUGCAUAAAAGAGAAAACAUUCCUUAAAAAACAAACCUCCUCAAAAAUUAGCAAAAUAGAACAAGACAUCACAGCCCUCUCAUCACGCUACAAACAAACAGGAUCUAAAAACUCCUCAAACUUAUAGAACAAAAAAGGAGAGAACUAGACUCCCUAGAAAUUAACAAAACAAUGAUCAACAUUCUAUACUCUAAACAACGUUUCUACGAAUAUGGAGGAAAAACUCCAGAUUACUAGCAAAUAGAUGUAGGAAAAAAGCACUCAAAACAAGAAUACACUGCAUCACCAAAAAGACGGCAACAUAACAUUCUCCCCCAAAGAAAUAACCUCAGAAUUUGCAGAAUUCUACUCCAACCUAUACACCUCCCAUAACCCACCAGAGAAGGAAAUCAGAACAUUUCUAGCAGGACUGACCAUGCCUACCCUAACUAAUGAGGAACAGGAAUUCAUGGACAGCCCUAUCACCCCAGAGGAAAUAGAUGCGGUCCUCAAAAACCUGAAACCACACAAAGCCCCAGGCCCAGACGGCUUCACAGCAGAAUUCUAUAAGAAAUUCAAAGAACCCUUGAUGCCCUACAUGACCCGCCUAUUCAACGACAUCAUAAAAGGGGCCCCAUCCCCAAAACCUGGACCCACUCCAAAAUAGUCUCCAUCCCAAAACCACUAAAAGACAGCCUCAAAGUAGAAUCAUACCGCCCAAUCUCAUUAAUAAACCAAGACUACAAGAUAUUCACAUCAAUCUUGGCCAACCGCCUAAAAAUCUUCCUACACAAGUUAAUAGCCCCAGACCAGACUGGCUUUGUCCCUGGCCGCAAUAUAACAGACCCCAUCAGGAAACUACUGAACCUGAUCGAACACAGCAAGGCAACCAAACUCCCAUUGACAAUUAUGUCCCUAGACAUCCUCAAAGCCUUUGAUUGCUUGGAGUGGAAAUACAUAUUAGCAGUACUAACUAACAUGAAAUUUGGCCCCAACUUCCUACAAAUCCUCAAACAAAUAUACUCCCAAGCCUCAGCAAAAUGCAGAACUAACAAUAUGGAUUCUAACACUAUAGCUAUCCAAAGAGGCACGAAACAAGGAUGCCCACUGUCUCCCUUCUUAUUUAUCCUGGCUCUGGAACCCCUAGCAAUCCGCAUCCGAGCAGCCACAGACAUCAAGGGAGUUGAAAUAAAAGGCAGAACCUAUAAAUUAGGGCUCUUUGCAGAUGACCUAAUGGUCACAACACCAGACCCCAUAAGCACAGCAACCUCCCUAAUCAGAGAACUCAACACAUUUGCAAUGGUGUCGGGCCUACAGGUAAAUUUUACAAAGUCAGAAGCUAUGUGCUUCAACACCCCUCCUCACACCCAAAAAGAACUCACGAAGGUCACCAAAAUAAAACUUUGCCACACCAAGUUCAGAUACCUAGGGGUACAAAUAACCAGAAACCUCAAUAAAUUGUACCUCCACAACUACAAGCCCCUGUGGCGACAAAUUAACAAAGACCUAAAGAGAUGGAAUAACAUGAACUUCACUCUCUCAGACAAAAUAGCCAUGAUCAAAAUGAUCACACUCCCAAAACUAACCUACCUAUUCCAAACCCUCCCAAUCUGGAUCCCCUCAACCCAACUUCGCAGUUGGCAGAGAAAACUACACUCUUUCAUCUUCUCACAUAAAAACCAAGAAUAAGCCCCAAAUACCUGCACCUCCCCACCUCCGAAGGAGGAUGGGGAAUCCCCAACAUAGAAGCAUAUUACAAUGCCAACCAAAUAUGCCACAUAAUCCCAUAUAUACUAGAAGAUGAGACAAAACAAUGGGUACACCUAGAGAGGGACACAAUUGAAAACACCUGCACCACAACAUACCCACUCCUCCCAAACAAACUAAAGAAAAUUCCCACAACACUUAACAGGUACACACAGACCAUGCUCAAAGCAUGGAAAACACAAAUAGGCAAACUAUCCCCAACCCCAUCCCCACUAAUCCCCUGGCGUACCACCCAUUAUUCCACCGUGCAGCACAAAACCUCAAGAUAAAAACCUGGCGAACCAAAGGCUUAUAUCGCCUAAUAGACUUUUAUAAAAAUAACAAACCCUUGUCAACACAAGAAAUACAAGACAAACUAGAAGACACCCAAAUGCCCUGGUUAACACAACACCAACUUCAUGCCCUCUUAAACAACCCAACAGUAAAAUCAGCAGCAACUAGGCCCCUGACAACCUUCGAAAACCUCCUCCUAACAACAAAGGGAAACGGUAAAGGGACGGUAUCCGCAAUAUACAAAAUACUACUCCAAAAUCCCGCAAAUCCCUAGAUGCAAUCAAAAAACAAUGGGAGAAUGACAUAGGCUAUGAGAUUAACCCCACUCAAUGGACCAGACUGUGGUCUAAACCCCCUUUAAAUCCAUAUCAACGAAAAGAAAAGAACUCACACUGAAACUCACCUACAGGUGGUACCUAACACCAAGGAAACUAGCGCUAAUACACCCAGGAACCUCACCAAAAUGCUGGAGAGGGUGCACCUCCACAGGCACAUACCUCCACAUGUGGUGGGAGUGUCCCAAAAUCCAACUAUUCUGGACAACAGCCAUACAAGAAAUAUGUAAAAUAACUAAGCAAGUAAUAGACAUCACCCCAGAAUUGGCCCUACUAAACAUCUUCCAAGACAACAAUGCCCAGAAGGAGAACAGGCACACAUGACGCUGACACAGAAUCCACACAUACACUAAGUAGAAAAAUAGAAGCAUUGCCACUCCACUCCACCCUAUGCUCCCUCCCCCUCUUUCCCCCCUCUUUUCUUCCCAACCUAAAUACUGCAUGCAACACUAAUGUCUCACAACAAAUGUAAGUGAUCUGUAGAAAACACAACUUGAAAAAAGAGACAAUGCACAUAUUUUUGUACACUAAGAAAUCUUUAAUAAAAAUUAAUUUAAAAAGAAGGUACAGUGGUACCUCGGGUUAAGAACUUAAUUCGUUCUGGAGGUCCGUUCUUAACCUGAAACUGUUUUUAACCUGAAGCACCACUUUAGCUAAUGGGGCCUCCCACUGCUGCCACACUGCCGGAGCACGAUUUCAGUUCUUAUCCUGAAGCAAAUUUCUUAACCCGAGGUACUAUUUCUGGGUUAGCGGCAUCUGUAACCUGAAGCGUCUGUAACCUGAAGCAUAUGUAACCCGAGGUACCACUGUACUGGUACUGACAGUAGCAUACCCUAUAGAACCACCCUCAGUUAUUCCGCUAGAGUAGAGUCUUAUGUCACCUUCUGAGGAAUAUGUCACAUGACUAUCUUCCCAUCACAUUACAAUUUUCAUGCCUUGUGGCAGAGAUUCUCUUAAAAGUGCAAUAUGAGCUUCCUGGGUCAGGUCAGUGGCCAGCAUCCUGUUCUCACAGUUGCCAGUCUAUGGGAAGCUCAAGAGUAGGGCCUGGACUUGCUAAUGCUCAGCAAGCCUAAUUUAAUCCAUACUGUCCUGCAGUGACUGGCAGAAUUUGCCCAAGUACCAUAUUUGUAGUAUAUAGUAUAGUUUCAGAAUUAGCCAGAGUUCUCAAUGUCCAGUAAAAGUGUUCUAAUGCAGUGUUUUUGUCCUUGACAGCUGCUAUGUCGGUGAAGGAGGUCUUACAGAGCUUAGUCGAUGAUAGUAUGGUGGACACGGACAGGAUUGGGACUUCAAAUUAUUUUUGGGCUUUUCCAAGUAAAGCUCUUCAUGCAAGAAAGCGUAAACUGGAGGAACUGCAGAAUCAGGUAAUUCAAGGUUUGUAGUCUACCUGCCAUCCACCACACAUGGAUGGAGGGAUGCCUGAAGGCCAGCAUAAUUUCAAGUAACAUUUCCCCCUCUUCUAUUCUCGCAGUUAAUAAACCAACAUGUUGGUGGUUGUAAACCUGGCCUGUUACAUAAUUUGAAGCCACUGGCCUUUUCUCUCAAAUAUUUAUUCAUUACAACUAUUUAUAAUCCGUUCUUUAGGGCACAAAGACUUUCAGAAUGUCUCUGCAUGUAACCUAGUUCUUUGGCCCUAGGCAUAUGUUUCGAGCUGUAUGCUUAAUAGAUAGCACUUAAAAUAUUUACUGGGCAUAAUAAUCAUUUUGCAUCCAAGAUGUUUAAAUUCUAGAUUAUGACCUCAGCAUUCAUAGUCUUAACUAUGAUUAACUUAGAUGCAUACAUAGUUAAGGGCAGCAGGGUGUGGGGUGGAGGAAUAAUCCAAUGUAUGGUCUCUUUUCAAAAAGCAGAGUUUGUGCCUUAGGGAAGUGUAGUGGUUCUAGGGGUUGCUCGUGCGUAAGCCGGUGCAAACACCUGGCUGGGUUGCCUGAGUGAACCUUUUCUGUCCGGACAGCCACUCACCCGUGGCUGUCUCAAUCGCUGGCAGAAUCCGUCAGUGGGCGUUUCUUAAACUUCUUCCAGCAAAGAAGCUCUUUGACGCCUAGUCUCCUCCUACUCUCUCUGCGCGAAAGCCUUCUGCGCAAGGAGGGCGUAGGCAGCGGAGGACCUCUACUCUCCCCGCUGGUCCCCGGCAAGGAGUCAUGGGACCGCCUUGCCGCUUCCCCCAUCUGCCCCCCUUCUCCACUGGUGCUACGCUGAUGGGCUGCCUCUCCCAAUCCCGGGACGCUCUCUGGAAUCCCUCUGGAUUUUGCUCUCUCCCUCCGGCACUGAUGGCAGUUCCCUGACAGGAAGGUUGGAGGAAAUACACAAUCCCAUGGUCUGUUCUUGAUUUCUUUACUACUGUAAAGGAACAACAGUGUGUUCCAUCUGUGCUGAGCCUUCUACAGAAUUAGUUGAUUCUUCAAUAAAAUAAUUAUUAAAUUGAAAUAUUCCUCUCUCUGGGAAAUGAUCUCAAACUCGUAUUUUCCCCUGCCGUGGAUAGUGUGCAAUCCAGUCAAGCUAAAGUAAAGCACUGAUAGCUUAAGCCAAAUUACUUUGGUAAUUACAAAGCACCACUAUCACAGAAAUCUAGUGAAAAAUAUACAGGGAUGUAUUGGUUCCUUUAAGGAAAUGAAAUUCUAAGAUUCAUAUGGAAUGAAUGCAGUUAAUUUUUCAGUGAAUGAAUGCCUUGUAGAAUGGGGCAUUUUAAGUGCUUGCUCAAACUACUUCCUAACAACUUAGAAAUCUCUUGUGACUUCAGAAAUGAAAAAAAAAUCUGAAUUUUCUUUCUAUACGUUAACAGCAGUUCAUUGUACUGUCUGUGGCAAAAUGAGGAAAGGGAUACUGGUCACAGGGAGGCGAGGAUCUGUUUAGUGCUCUGAACCUGGAGGAAAAUAUGCUUUAGGGGUCUUUCUUCUUGUUCUCUGUGAGUGGGGGAAGAGACCACCAUCCUGUAGCCUACAAUUAUUCCACUUUCCAGUCUUCUUUUACAGGAUUAUUGGAUAUAAAAAGCUUCGUGGUGGUUGUUUGAUUAAAUGUAAAGCUUUAGUUGACUAAUUGUUAAAAAGUGACAGAUUUAAAUUCAACUGAUUGAAUUUGAUGAAGGUGUUGCCAUGUGUUAGGUUUCCAAGGGGUUGCUCGAGAGCAAGCAGGCAAAUAUCUCCCUGCUCGGCUCAGAAGCCUUGCUUUUGCUGCAAAAAUUAACCUUAUCUGUGCGGAGCACCACUCUCCCGUGGCUGACUCAAUUGCUGGCAGAAUCCGUGAGUGGGCGGUUCCUAAAUUUCCCCCAGCAAAGCAAUUUCUUGACGCCCUCUCUGCGCCUCCCCUCUCUGCGCGGAUGCUUACUGCGCAAGUAGGGCGUGGGUAACAGAGGACCCCUCUCCUCCCCGCUUUGCCCAGGCAAGGUGUCCUGGCACCGCCUCGCCUCCUCCAAGCCCUGCAGCUCCUCUCCACUGGAGGCGUGGUUACUCUCCUCCGCUGAGGAGGAGCUGCUUCCCACGAUCCUUGGAGGCUCUCUAUAAUCCGUUCGGCUUUUCCUCUCUCCCUCCUGAACCGAUGGCAGUUCCCUGACACUGUGUUUGCUGUAGUGCGUUUUUGCUGCAAAUCUUUGAACUUUACAUCCCAUAAAACCUAUCCUGAUCAUGACUGCACCAAGAAAGAGAUGUUGGGAUCAUGGUGGCUGCCCAAUGAAAAUGUCAAGGUAGUGUGCAGCCACUGCAACAAAAAAUAAAAUUCCAUGAAUGUUGAAAUAUAUACAGGACAGACAAAUUAAAGAUUCAGGACAGGCAAAAGAAAGCACUUCUUCAGACAGUGCAAAGUUAACGUCCGGCAUCCAGUCCCGUCAGAUGUACUGAUGGCCACCAACUUAGAUGGCUUUAAAAAUGUAUUGGGCAAGUUCAGAGAAGAUAAGGCAAGCCAUGAUAGCUGUGUACUGCAUCCAGUUUUGGAAGCAGUAUGACUGAAUACCAGGAACCGGGGAAGACAAAUGAGGAGGGUACUUUGGUCUUGGUGUUCUGUUUGUGGCUUCCUGUAGACAACAGAUUGGCAACUGUGAGAACAGGAUACUGGACUAGAUGGUGCCAUUGGUUUAAUCCAGCAAGGCUCUUCUUUUGCUCCCUUACAAUCUUGCAUGCUUUCAGAUUGUGUGGGGAUAGGGCAGGCACAGGCAAACUUGGCCCUCCAGAUGUUUUGGGACUACAACUCCCACCAUCCCUGACCACUGGUCCUGUUAGCUAGGGAUGAUGGGAGUUGUAGUCCCAAAACAUCUGGAGGGCUGAGUUUGCCUAUGCCUGGGAUAGGGUACCAACCGUGGGGUGUCAUGGCUAAUCAUUCUUUAAUGUUGGAGAAUAUUAAUGUGGCAGGUGCUUUUUAAAUACGUGCCAAAUACAUUUAUGCGUUACUUUGUAUAUGCUUCAAGUUAUUUUAUUUAACAGAACAGGACUAGGUACUCAGCUAUUAGUUUCAGCAGGUUGUGGAUCAGCCUGAUCAGCUAUAGCUUCAAGAGUAAAUGUUCCGACCAAUGUGUCAUUGUUGUUUUAAUAUUGCUGUUUCUCUUGAUUAAAGGUUUCCUUAAGCUCCUGCAAAACCUGUAUUAGAUUCAUGCAUAUAGGAUUUGUUCACUGUGAAUAGUGAGUUGUGUUAGAACAGUUGGCUACCCCCACCUACCUCUGUUAUCCUGCAGAGUUCAAGAAGACAGGACUGUUACAACAUUUCUUAAGUAUGUUUUUAUCAGGUUACAUAAGGUUUAAGGUAUACCUAUUAGUUACUAGUGUGGGGGAGGAUAUUGUCAUAAUAUUUAUAUAUGGGCUCUAACGAAGCCUUGUACAAAAAGAAUUUUACAACUGGUGUUGCCUGCAGGCUCACAAUGUAAUUCUUCAGAAAAGUAACUUAAUUGUGUGCCUCAUUUGAGUAUGGCUUACAGGAUUGUAAAAUAGUCUAAUGAGAUGUCAGUGACUGUGUUAUUUUCUAUUUGAUGCUUAUUGGAUUUAUGGCACAGGUGCCCCCAAAGAUUCCGUUGUUGCAGCUUUUAUUAUUUACCACUUCUUUUCAUAAACAACAUGCUGUACAGAACACAGAAUGCAAUCUAGUCUCUACUCAUAGGGCACUGCUUAAAGGACAGAAAAAGGAACUUUUCUUAGGAGUGGGGACAGCUGUGUAUGAGUCACAGAGGCAGGAGUGAGAGUUUAAAGCAAUGCAUGUUGACAUAACAAGCAACCUAGUAUGCUGGUUGUGUCUUUAUUGAAGUGUGCUGUCAUAGUAAAUUGAUAUCAGAAUAAAUGUCAGUUGAUAACCAGUUUCUAUAACCAGGCGUGCUUAAAUCACCCUCCUUCUCACAGGUCAAUUUGGAAUGGGCUCUGGUAAAACAAUUUAUUUUUUAAAAAAUCAGGAAAUAGAAACCUGGGCUGGAAUAAAAUUACCUGGUGCUGAAAUGACAACAAAGUAAACUCAAAGUACCACCACUAAAAAGGGUCUUAUACCAAUUGUCAUCCAUUGAUGGCACCUGGAGAAGGACCUCAGUAAAAAUAUAAUAAUAAUAAUAAUAAUAAUAAUAAUAAUAAUACUCCACCCAUCUGGUUGGGUUUCCCCAGCCACUCUGGGCCGCUGCCAACAGAAUAUUAAAAAUGUGAUAAAACAUCAAACAUUAAAAAACUUCGCUAAACAGAAGAUUAGGUGGAGACAGGUGAUCUUUAAGGUACCUUUGUCACACGGGCAGCUGCUUUAUACGGAAUCAGACCGAUUAGUCUCUCUAGAUCAGGUAUGUCCAACUCCCAAGAGACUGCGAUCUACUCCUACAGUUGUUGACCUUUUUUUUGGCCAAUUGAUCUGGAGCACACAGUCGACCAGGGAUGCCCCGUGAUCAACCAAGAUAGUGAUCGACCGGUUGGACAUGCCUGCUCUAGAUCAGUGUUCCUUGUAUUGAUGUUGCGAUUUCAUCCAGAAGACAUUCCCAGGCCUACUUGAAGUUGCUGGUGAAUAUCACUGACCUAUGGCCCUCCCCCAAAGCAUUAAAGGUCAAAGCUAGUCUGUUAAAUUGGGCCUGGAAGUGGAGUGGGAGUAGUGAAGUUGAUAAAUACUCUUACUUUCCAGUCCCAAUUAGCAAAAUCAAAGCUCUGUUUUGAAAUAAUUGAAGUUUGUCAGCAGCCUUCAAUGGUAGUCCCACCUGCAGUGCAUUUCAGUAGUCCAAACAGGAGCUUGGAAGAGCCUUGCAGCAUUGUCUCUAUGCUGUCCUAGAACACUGGUGCAAAAUCCCAAGCACCAGAAUUCCUGACAACACUAGUAAACACCCAGGAGCCCUUGGAGGUACAUUUUGCAGAGGUUCAGGCACAUGAGAUGCUGCUGCUGUGCACGAGGCCUUGGGAUGUAGGAAAAUAUGGAAAUGCUAUUUAGUGGGCUCAAGAGCCAGGAGAGCUGCAGACUUGGCAAACCAAACUGGGCCUAAACUACAGAGAAGGUUUCAAACUGGCUCCAAGGAGUUUGGGGGCGUGGGGCUGAAAUAUUUAAACUCCCAAAGUGUCUGGUCAGAGAUUCCCUUGGCCUCGUUUUGCCCUGAUGUGCAAGCUUUCAACAAACAGGGAAUCGUUUUCGUAAGGAAGUUUUCAAACAUGUGAUUUUGCAGUUCGCAGUCAGAAGUGGCAGUCCAAAAAGGACUGUACAAUAUGCAAAAUAAAAUAAAAUAAAAUAAAAAUUUCCCGCAUUUGAAUUGGGCCUUAAUGUUCUGCUUGGCAUACCAACAAAUUUCUGUGUUGCCUUUGGUUUAGAAGAUACAUGUGCUAAAAUGUGUUUUUAUCCACAUGCAACCAAAUUCAUGCUUUAUACAUAGACUGGGAAGAUUUACUCCCCUCAAAAGAAAGUUCUGUCAGUAUUCAAAGACACCCAUUCAGCAACUGCUGUUAUAAAACCCUACAUUUUUUUAGCCUUUGAGGAAUUGCUGAACCACACCCAGCACAUUUUGGACCAGCAGUGGUGUCUGACUCAUCUGCACCCAACCAGGAAAACAAGACUUUUUCUGCUCCUUGGAAUUUUUAACAGUAUGACUAAACCUGGGUGCAUUCUGACUUAGUGAAAUGGCCCCCUAUAUUCCUGGAGAAUCACAAUUUUUGGAGCAUUAUGUCCUAUAUCAAGCCAUCUGUGAUGUGGAAGGUAAUAGCAAAAACACCUGAUUUGUGUGUUUCUGGUAAUUAGUGAGCCUUACUCUAGAAAUAUAGCACCCUAUCCACCCAUAAAGCAGAGACAUCACCUUGCCAACAAAGGUCCGUAUAGUCAAAGCUAUGGUUUUCCAAGUAGUGAUGUAUGGAAGUGAGAGCUGGACCAUAAAGAAGGCUGAUCACCGAAGAAUUGAUGCUUUUGAAUUAUGGUGCUGGAGGAGACUCUUGAGAGUCCCAUGGACUGCAAGAAGAUCAAACCUAUCCAUUCUUAAGGAAAUCAGCCCUGAGUGCUCACUGGAAGGACAGAUCGUGAAGCUGAGGCUCCAAUACUUUGGCUACCUCAUGAGAAGAGAAGACUCCCUGGAAAAGACCCUGAUGUUGGGAAAGAUUGAAGGCACAAGAAGAAGGGGAUGACAGAGGACGAGAUGGUUGGACAGUGUUCUCGAAGCUACCAGCAUGAGUUUGACCAAACUGCGGGAGGCAGUGGAAGAGAGGAGUGCCUGGUGUGCUCUGGUCCAUGGGGUCACGAAGAAUCGGACACGACUAAAUGACUAAACCACAACAUCCAUCCAUUUUAAUUAAUUUACAUGGAACUUUUGUUACAAAUGUGUUUUUCAGACCUUUAUCUUGCCUCUCUUCUCAAGAGUAUUCAGAAACAUUACAAUCACUUUCGUUUACAGGAAACUGAGACUGAAAGUGACUAAGCUCAAAUCAUCCUUCCUGAGCCUUUGGCAGAUGAGAUACUUCAACACAAUUCCACCCAAGACCAGACAAAACCUAGGAUUAUUCUACUUUUGAAUGACGACAUACUGUAAUCAGUGUAGAUCGCUGGCCAACAGCCAAAUUAAAGUAGAGUAAAAUAUAUAUAUAUUUUAAAAAACACCCCUACAGACCCGAUCAUGCCCUGUUUGGGUCUUAGAAUUAUACUUUGGGGUUUAAUUCUAAGACCAUUUUGUGGUUCACCUCAGAUGCCAAAAUGUAUUGUCAGUCGUUGAUUUCGCACCGUUUCUGUGCUUUUAACACUUGCAUCGCAGGCAUACAUUUUGCAGGUCAUGUUUAUCCAGUCAUAGCUUCUUCGUGCUGGGAACAGGUUUAAUUGUGGGAUUUCUGCCUGCAUUGUAGUUCUCAAAGCACAGGAGCUUUGCCAGAAAAAAAAAGUUUGCAAGUGGAAAAGGAGGGCUGCCCCUAGGCAUUUGGAGUUAACAGCAGACUGUGCUGAGGCUAGCCAGCACAUGAACAGCCUUGAGUGAACUGAUUAGCUGUAGGUUUGGGGUGCAGGGUAGCAAGUACAUUUUCAGUAGAAGCAGGUACACCAGUGGGAAAAUGAACCAUAAACGGGGAGAUCAGGAGCACUGCGGCCAAACAGUGAAAGACACAGAGAAGAUGAUGCACAGGAGGACAUGGGAACUGAAGCUCAAGCUAGAUGACAGCUGGGCAGCUAACAUUUGCGUUCGUGGUGCUUGCCUAAUUCACAUACAAGAUGGAGGAAUCUCUGACUUGUUUCUCUUUUUUUACUCCCAAGGGGGCUUUAAACUGGGCCAGAAUGUCUAGAAUGUUGAAAGCAGCAAGCCCAAGAGUAUAGGAAACCUUUCUGUUUAGUUGUUCUGUAAUAGUUGUACUGUGAAUAGUCAGUUUUGAGUUAGGAUUGCAGAAUUCCAUCAUGUUUGCAGCUGUCAGUAUGAGCUAGAAGACAUUGCUUAAUUCAUUCACAGUCUGCAUUCCAGGUUGCUUGGUAGAUUGGGUACAUACUGUAGAGCGACUGAUAAUCCUAGACAAGGGUGACUUCCCCUAACAAAACUCUAGCAUAAUAUCUAUUGCUUAGGUUCUACACCUCUUCACUUUGCUCCUAACAUUAAGACCUCUUGUGACUUAGACCUCUGCUCCAAUGCAUAGUUUUAAGAACUAGCCUGCCAUCCUCAUGGUGAUGGUGAUGAUUUUAUGAAUCACAUUUCAUAUAUAGAUUUCAAGGUGAUUUACAAUAAAAACAACUGAAAUAGGUUUUAAAACAACAUUCUCCCCCCCAAUCCAGCUGAAAAAAGGUUGUUGAAACAAAAAUGUCUUCAGUUGUAAGUCCAUAGCAGCUUGAGUUGGAUUUACUUCUGAGGAGAUGGACUGGUGAUUAUGGAACUCUAGUGAACAGAAAAUAGCUCAUCAAAAUGCUAAAUGGGAUUUGGUGCCAGGUAAAGCAUGUGGGAGGAUUAUGGAUAUGCAAAAUCACACAUGGUUGCAGAUUUUGGGUAGAUGCAGUUAAAGCUCUCCUUUUUAUUCUCUGCUGCCUCUUUUAAAAGUGAAUUGGUGUAUGUAGAAUUCACAGCCAACCAUCUGUCCCUCAGGCCAAGCCAGAGAGCUCAGUUAUGAGGCACUGAGGCUUUGCUCUGCCUUUUCAAUAUACAAAAAUGUUCCCGUUCCAAUUUUGUCUUACUAUAAAAAGCAAUACUUUGCCUGAAUUAAUUAGUUUUUGUUUGCUAGCUGUAAGGUUUUCUAACUGGCAAAGCAAAACACACACACAGACACUUUUUGCAAUUGCAUAUAUAUUGCCAUGAGCAGAAUUAAUUAAAUAAGAAAAUAAGAGAUACACUGCACUGAUAAAAUGAUCAGUUGUAGAAUAUCGCUAUAUAGUUAAUCAAAAAUAUUACUGCAGUUAUGACAGAACCGCUCAUCAAAUCCAGUGUAUUAAUCUGGAUGUUAUUGUCUGCUUGCUACAAGUAGAGGGCAGCUGGUGUCUAAGAGUUGCUUGCAGAACUACGGGUGGUAUCCAGUGUACUUUUUCCAUUGCCACAAGGAUUUCUGUUUGUGUAACAGGAACUUCCUUUAUUUUGCUCUCUCCAUGUGCAACCUCCCAUAAUCUGCUCCAGAGGCUUGAGAACCCCCCAAAACAGAACAGAUUAAGGGGGGGGAGAGAAGAGGAGAGAGGGGGAAGGUUCUGUUCUGCAGCCAAAAGUCCUUGUGCUGAUGAAAUGAAUGCACUGAAUUCUUCCCAAUAGAUCCAGACAGUUCCUUGUAAAUUAGAUUACAUUUACCAACUAGCAUUUAAAUGCUGAAGCCAGGUUCUUUUCUGGAAUACAUAGUAGGGCAUUACCAUUAUUAGGGCAACCAAAAUGUUACAAAUAGUGUGCAAGCUUUUGAGUUCUCCAGAAUGCAUUAGCUGGCUAGAUAGAACAUAAACCGAAGCCAAUGGGGUGAGGGAUUUUGACUGACACUGAAGUCGUGGAGUCUGCUGGAAAGGGAAAGUAGCAGCGGACAUGAAAAUGAAACUCUCUUAGAUGCUAUUUGGGUUGCACCAAGACUUGUUGCAUGUGUCCUUCCCUGCUCCUGCUGGAAUUCCAGGACGCAAGCCAGAGUCUGGCUUGUUGUGACAUUGGAACCUGGGCUUCUGGUUUGUUUCCCCCAAACAAACCACAAACAUUAAGCCAAGAACAAACCUUGGCAACGUUCAUGGUUUAUUUGGAGAGAAACAAACUAGGAGUACGUUUGGACAUCAUGAUAAACCAGAUUCUGGCUUGUUUCCCUGUGUGUUCACUUUAAACCAGUUUGCUUUAUCUGUGGUUUAGAUUUAAUGUGUAAACCAGGCUACUAACAUUUCCCUGUUCCUGAGGAUGUGGCCAGAUUCAUGGCAUAACAGUCAGUUUUUUAAUUUUAUUUCUAUGAUGUAUGCAUGUGUGCAUGCCUUCCUAGAUUGCAGGUAUGCAAACAAUUAUAAGUGGUUAAGAACAUAGGAUUUGUAUGGUGGUCAGAACCAGUGCUUUUCUUCUAGAAAAAAAGGUGCCAGUACUCACCAUGAAGUUGUUAUAAUAAAUGCCACACUUUUAACCAGAGCUUUUAUUUUAGGGGGGGGGGGGAGUUCCGGUACUGCAUAGCCUUGAGUACCCCCUGGAGAAAAAAAGCAGUGGUCAGAACUCAGCUGUGAUUACUUUAGCAUUGCAGUUUGUGUGUGUUUUAAUAUGUCCUUAUGCCAUAUUUACAUUGUUUUCCUGGCUAUAAAAUAUUAAGUGUGUUACAGCUUUAAAAGGUCAUUAUAGCAGGGAAUACUAUUCAGUGGCUGCACUUAGGGCUUUCAUUUGCGUGAGCAACACCAUGAUCGUAAACAAGGCUAUCUGGGAGAAAGGGUCAUUGAUUUCAUCACAACUUUCUUCUUCUAAUAUGUGUUCUUAGCACUGCAGUGAGGUUUGUAGAAACUUUUCUACUACAGUGGUACCUUGGUUGUCGAACGGCUUGGCUCCCGAACAAAUCGGCUCCUGAACACCGCAAACCCGGAAGUAAGUGUUCUGGUUUGCGAACUUUUUUUGGAAGCCGAACUUCCAACGCGGCUUCCGCUUGAGUGCAGGAAGCUCCUGCGGCCAAUUGGAAGCCGCGUCUUGGUUUUUGAACGGUUCCAGGAGUCGAACAGAUUAAGUUCGACAACCAAGGUUCCACUGUACUACUAAGCAGAGUUGUAAAACAAGUUUAAGGGAAGAUUUCAUGUUAGUCUGCUUUAAAGUUUUGGAAUCCAGAAAGCGGGUAUCUGAGUUUCUGCAUUUGACUAGAAAAAAAAACAGGAGAUGAGGUCUGCAAAUCUUUGCAGUGGAAGGACACCUUUUUAAAAGGCUUCACCAUAAAAGGCGAUGUGGAUAGAGUGGGAGCUGUAAGUACUUGUCAGUGAGUCAACAAAAGAGAACCUUAGCAAUGUCAUUUGAAUAAUGUGUUGUGAACUGUUCUUACUCUUGUGCUGGAAGAAUGAAUCUGAAAAAGUGCUAUGUAAGCAGGAUUUCUUGAGACCUUAGAAACACAAUAGCCUCUGCAUUAUAAGUAUUAUAUGCACUAUAUUUUGUUGAUAAUUGAAUUGCUGGGCAACCUAGGAGCAUGUAAGGUUACUGCUUAGCCAACGGUGCUUUUUUGACAGUAGCUGCUAAUAAACUAUGAAUGUGCAUUGGAAUCCCAUCUAGUCUUUUUUUAAUGUUGGAAAGAGCUGUGUAAGUGUGUUCACAUGAACUCUACUUGAAUUCAUAAUAAAUAUAGUUGCUGUUCAUUUCAUUAAAUCCCCCGUCUGUCUUUGAUGCAUGGUAUCUGGAAGGCCUGCACAACUUGACACCCACCAGCUGUUUAUGGCGACCUUUCAGUGGUUUCAUAAACCACCUUGAUGCAGUUUUGAAGAUACCAUAACAAGAAGUUUAAAAGCUCACUGGCCCCAGUACAUGGCUGGUGGGUUGUAUUCAGCUUGGUGAUUCAGUUGUUGUACCCCUUUGAUAUGUAGGUAUUUUUGUUGUUUCACCCAGAACAAAUGUGUUGCUUCAAUGUAGCAGAUCUGUCAUGUCUAUAAAUGGUUAUAUGUGCAAAUUUCACAUUGUGGGAGAGGCAACCCCCCCCCCCCAUAUUGGAGUUUUCAUGAAAAGAAAUUGUUAUGGCAAAUCUCUACAGGAUCCACCACUUGAUCUGAAGCAGAUGAGGGUAUCCCACCGCCACCACGGCAAGAUACUUGAUGUUGCAUGCUUGGAUACUUAAAGAUGCACUUGCGGUCUGAAGUGCUACAGUCCAGAAUUAGAUUUCCUUCCUCAUCUGUUUGUGAGAACUAGGACAAAAUACUGAAAGUGAUCUAUAAGAAAUGAAGUGCUCCUCAAGCUCUAGGAUGGGUGUUUUGAAUUUGAGAUUAUCUAGUCUUGUUUCUUGACACUAGGUGUGCAUCAAAUUAACCCAUUUAAUAUCCCUGCCUUUUCCCUUAGGAGGGUGUAAAAAGAAGUUGGCCAUGUUCCCUGUACCCUAUUUUGCUAUUUAAAAUGCUUCAGGAAUAAAGAGAGUUUAUGAAAUAGUCAUGUCUUGGUCAGAAUCCUGAUUUAUCAUUGAAGGUUAGGCCUGUAGCAGACUUACUCUGUUAUUUCUUGAGCUGAAAAAUUGUAACAGUACAGUCAAAUAUAAAGAUGAAGAGGUUUUUACUAAAAAUAAAUUGUUUUGACUUCUAUUUCUUCUCUCCCUUCAGUUCUCAGAAUAUAGCCAAAAGAAAAAAAGCUUACAAGAAAGCAUUGAGAAAUCAAAAAUUGGGCGCCAAGACACUGUAAGUUUUACUGAAUUUGAAGUAUCCACAAUAAAACAUAAUCUGAAAACUUUGGGGUGUUAAAGGUGGAUGUUAUUUUUAAAAUUGGGAUGCAUUUGUGGCAGCAGGUGGCAUAGGCAAAACUUCGUAUUGUAUUGGGGGCAGAAGCAUAGGAAGAAAGGGGGGGAAAGUCUUAUAUUGUUCUUAUUAUUUUUUUAAAAUGCUUUUCUUACUAAGGCUUACUGCACUUGCAAAUAAAAGUUAAAUGUUCAGGGCAGGACAUGCCUACUUCUGCACCAGAACAUUUUUGCAACUAUGAUGUUAUUAGAUGCUAUUUCAACGUUGCUGCCAAAUGCAGCAGUAUAAUACAGUACGAUCAUGUCUUGCAUUGGAGUUAGGUUCCGGGGUUGGCACAUAUAUGCAAAAUCAUGUAUACCUGAACCACUGCCUUGGACCCACCCCUGUGUGACCAUCUGGAAGGCUCUUUCUGUGCUGGGAAAACCCAGCUCAAAAGGAGCUUUUAAGUUUUCCACCUUUGCAUUCGGUUAAUCACUGGGAUUUCAGCCAUGCAAGGCUGAAAUCAGACAAGUCACCAUAUUUUUCACUCUAUAGGAAGCACCCGACCAUAGGACGCACCUAGUUUUAGAGGGGGAGAACAAGAAAAAAAAAUCUCUCCCUCUCUGCGCAGCGCCCCUUCAGCGAAGCGGCAGGAGAAACGGAGCCCCUUCCAUUUCUCCUCCUGCUUCGCUGAAGGUACGCUGCGCAGAGAGGGAAAGCUGUGAAGCGCCUCUCCAGCGAAGCAAAGCCAGGAGAGCAAGAGGGAUCGGUGUGCACUGAUCCCUCUUGCUCUUCUGGCUUCAGCGAAAGCAACCCGAAGCCUCCGGAGUGCAGCGGGAGUUCCCGCGGCGCUCCGGAGGCUUCGGGUGGCUAUCCUGAAGCCAGGAGAGUCUUGCUCUCCUGGCUUUAGCAAAAGGAACCCGAAGCCUCCGGAGGCUUCAGGCGGCUAUCCCUAUCCAGGCUAUCCCUAUCCCUAUCCAGGCUUCAGUGAAAGCAACGCGAAGCCUCUGGAGCGCGGCGGGAGCGCCCCCACUGCACUUCGGAGGCUUCGUGUUGCUAUCGCUGAAGCCAUGGAGCCUGCAUUCACUCCAUAAGAUGUGCACACAUUUCCCCUUAAUUUUUGGAGGGGGAAAAGUGCGUCUUAUGGAGUGAAAAAUACGGUAAUCACACUUAAGAUACGACCUUACUGUACUGAAAACUGCUUGAACUUUUUACAGGCAAUGCCACUUAGCCCAAAUAUGUAUAAAGUCUGGUUCGUUGAUUCAGUGUCAUAGCUCUAGAUCUGGUGCUAGCAUCCUUAGAGAGAAAAGAGGGUAGAGCGCAACACUUAGGUUGUAAUUGACACCUUUUAAGAAUACUGGUUAAUUUUUGAACACAGGCAGAACGUGCGGCACUCAUAAAGGAACUUACUGCCCUCCGUCAGAAGAGAGACCAAUUAAAGGCAGAAAUAGAUAAAUACAAAGAAUGUGAUCCGGAUAUUGUUGAAGAAAUCCGUAAGUUGUGUCUAGAGUUAUUUUAGCACUGUGUAGUAACUGAAAUUUUGGAACAUAUCAGGUGUGUCGUCUGAAACCUCAGUCAUUAGCAAAACUUUUAAAUAACUCAGUUAGCUUGUCAAUGGCAGGGAAACUAAUGUCUAGAUAACGGGUGGGUAACCUUACUCAGCCCAAGUUCUGCAUUGCGGGUUGGCCACCCCUCCAGUGGUGACCGCGACUGCCAGCACAUGCUCACUUGCACAUGUGCACACAUGCUCACCAGGCAGGCAGAUGCACAUGCACACUCAGCAGAGCAGGGGGGUUGUUUAGGAAAUAAGUGUGAUAUUGGUGGCUGCCUAUCAGCACUCCUUCCUGUUUUCUCUCGAAGACCUAACAAUGGCACCACACCAGGGUGAGACGUGGUGAUUUUCAAAGAGUAAGAAGUGCCUUGUUUAAAGAGGUUGGCAGGCCACUAAAAAUGGCUCACUAUGAGUAAUCUAGAUAAGUAACUUACAGGUAGCUGGGUGAUAAAUAUUGUAGACAUAGUAUGAGCGGACUGUGAAAUGGGAAAGGAAGGGAAAGCGCUAUAGAAAUGAAAAUAAGAUUAUGUCCUGCUGGAUCAAGCCAAAAGUUCAUUUGGUUCAGCAUCUUGUUUCCCACACUGAGCAGCCAGAUCUUCUAAAAAGCUCACAAUCGGUAUGAAGACAAUGUCCCUCUCCUACUGUUGCUCCCCAGCAGCUGAUAUUCAGUGGCACGCAGCAUGUUGUCCUAACAACUGUUGGAAGAUUCCAUAUGUUUUGUUUAAUCCCCUUGAAAGCUAUCUAAGCUAGUGGUCACUGUCACGUCCUGUGGCAGUGAGUGCCAUGAACUGCUUAUGGGCUGUGUGAAGAAGUACUGUAUUCUUCACCCCAUAAGACACACUUGACCAUAAGAUGCACCUAGUUUCCAGAGGGGGAAUGCAAGGAAAAAAGUAUUAUUUAAAGGGAGCGCUGAGCAGAGCCUGUAUUAAUCCCAGGCUCUGUUCAGCGCUCCCUUUCACAAGCAGCGCAGAGCGUGCGUGCGGCGCUUGCAGGCUUUUCCCCAAGGAGGGAGAAGGGCAGCCCUUCUCCCUCCUCGGGGAAAAGCCCGCAAGAGCCGCACACACGCUCCACGCUGCUCUUUAAAGGGAGCGCCGAGUAGAGCCUCCCGCCUGCAUUCGCUCCAUAAGAUGCACACACAUUUCCCCUUACUUUUUAGGAGGGGGAAGUGCGUCUUAUAGAGCGAAAAAUACAGUACUUUGCUUUUUUUCCCUCCUGAGACUGUUGCUGAUCAAUUUAUUGGAUGUCCACAAAUGUUAGUAUCAUGAAUGAGAGUGACAAAAUUCUCUCUUGCCACUUACUCAGUUCCUUGAAUAAUUUUAUAAUCUUAUAUAAUAUAUUUCUGCUGCGUUGUCACUUAAAAAAAAAAUCUGCUCCUUAGGGUUGGGAGGAACCCCUUGAACAGAUAUAGGGGUUAUGGUUGGGGGCAAAGGCCAAAGAGAAAACAGAAAAGUUCUGUUGUGUAGCCAAAUUAUCUGUUGGUAGACCUACUUAAUUGAUCCUUUCCUGUUUAGUAGAAAGGGUAGACCCUUUCCUGUUAGUCAAUCACCACCAGUUCAGACUCUGUGAGUGUGUACAUAUAUUUUGAACUUUUUGCUUGAAUAUGUGUGUGAACCAAUAUGGUACAGUUAGUAGAAGAGUAGAUUUGGAUUUAAAAACAAGAUAUUUCAUCUCUUAAACUUGUUGGGUAGUCCUAGGGAAGUCACUUUCUUUCAGCCUAACCUGUCUUACAGGCUAGUGGUACAGAUAAAAAUGUUGCUUUCAGUUCUUUGGUAGAAGGAGAGGAGACAAAUAAUAGUUACUGAAUAGGAAAGCACAAGAUUCAGUGUUUGUUCAUGUAUCUCAGAAAAGAAUUUGCUCUUUGGCACAUUCCCUAGUUGCCAUAUUUUGUUGGAGUUUAGUUUUUUGUUUUUUCCACAACUGUUGUCUUUCUUUACUUCUGCCCAUCCCUAUUUUUACUUUGCUUGUUUAGAUUAGUGGCCCAAACAUUUCCCCCCGUGAACCACAUGAAAAUUGCUGAGGGUCUUAGCGAACCAUAUAACAAUUUUUCUGCCUGCUGUAGCAAUUGUUAAUUCCACAGAAUUCAAGUGAAAUACAAUAUAAGAACUAAAAGAAGCAAUAGAAAUACAAUUAGAAAUCAAUAUGAAUAUUCAGGGCAAUGUAUGUGCUGUCUCCCAUCUUCAACAUCCACAGGCAUGCUGUGGACCACCUGAAUGAAGCUUGUGGCCCACAGUUUGGGAAACCCUGGUCUGAAGGUUUAAAUUUCCUCAUAGCAGGAAGGUGGUAAUGGUUAUACACAGAUGCUUCUGUAUUUGAAUAAUACAGAAUAUUAUUCAAUAAUGGGGCCCAGCAACAACUUGUUGCGGGGGGGGGGGGGGGGCGGGCUUCAAAGUUCUCCCUUAUCAGAAAGAAAGGCAGCUGGUGUUCCUGAAUGGGAACACCUGGAAGACCUUGAAAAUGCAGAUCAGGUUGGCUGUCAGGUGAUAGAAUCUGCAUCUUCAAAGUAGUCCGGUUGCUCAGAGCAGGAAAGCCACACCAUUUGAAGAGCGAUAGUUAUCUGCAUUCUCUUUCUGUCCCCACCCUGCAGAUUACUCAUAUACACUUUCACACUCUUCGCUUUGGUUUUUUCCAAAAGCUGUUUUUAAAAAUACAUUAUUUUUUUUUUUUUACUUUUGCAAACCUCUCGAUUCUCAUGAGGAUGCUGAUGCCUCCCUGUUGCAUGUUGGUGGUGCUGUUUUGGCUACAUAAGUAUCGAGGUUCGGAAACGAAUGUCAGAAAUGGAGGGAAUGCUGAUAACACACAUCCUUCCUGCCAGCAUGGUAUGAUGCAGACAAAAUACCCAUGGUGUGGUCUUCUGGACAGACACAAAGUCCAUGAGUUGACCAUUUAAAAUGUACCUCCUGCAUUGAUCCAGCAUGUGAGUAAAUUGACCUGCCCUUUCGAGUGAGGGCUGCUUCCGCUUCUGCAGUGCGAUAAAGCUUUUUGUGCAAUGCAAAUUUUGGAGGAUCUCUGUUGCGACUGUGUCUUAGUUAAAUCCUUGAACAAAUGUCAUUGUGCACAUUAAUUAUGCAUUUCCUUUGACCCAACAUCUGUAGAGGCCUUCUGCAAAGCUAAGGAAGUGCAUAAAACAAUGUCGCAUCUGCCUUUACACUUAAGAACAGUGCAUAUUAAAGACUACUGUGCUAGCUGUGCCUUUGUGGGGCUGCAUUGUUAAAGCAUUAGAUCUUUGUGAACUGUUUUUUUAAUUUUUUUAAAAAAGAAAUCUGUCAAGUCCCAUCAAUGCAGGCUUCCCAUGUCCCUUAUGGAAAGGUCAGACUGUCAAAUCUCAUCAGUACAGAAGUACUGUCUCUCCCAAAAGUGUCUGAUAGGGUUUGUCAGGACUAUGUAACAAAAGACUUCUGUCAACUCCACACAAAUACAUUGUCUACAACCAUACGCUAGGCUUAGUUGUACUGCCCACACACUAUUGACCUAUUUGGGGUUUCUUUCUCGCUCUUGAAAUAAAAGAGCUUUUUGCUCAUAACUCAGCUCCACAGUCAGCACUAGAAGAUGGGCUGAAAAUCUGCUGUUUGUAGUUUGAGGCUCUCCCCCACCACAGCAGUUCCCAGUUGUCUUCACGUAGCCGCUUCUCAGAUUUUUCUGUUGUGUAGACAGCAGAACAACUGGACAGAGAGCAUAAGUUGGCUUUGCCUCUUGGUCAUCCCACAAUGGAAGAGGGCAGGAAGAAAGGUCUUUCUUGGUCUUGUCAGGAAUGAUGGGGGUUGGAGUCCAACAACAUCUGGAGGGCCACAGUUUCCUCAUCCCUGAUCUAGCCAUUGCAUGUUUUAUGACCGCACUUGGUAUUGUCAAAGAAUUUAGCAUCCUAAAAAUAGUGGUUUUCAUUUUUAAAGGUUCCUAUUUCCUGUGUAAAGAUAAAGUUAUGUGCAUGUUUAGUGACAUGUUAGCAGUCAGAGUAGGUCUUUUCAGUUUGUUGUUUUCAUGCUAUUGUAGAAUGAUGCAAAACAUAUUUGCAUAUAUUGGCAUGGUCUGCAUAUUUCUUUUUCCUGUAACAGAAUUUGACCCUGAUGCAGAAUUUAGUCAUUUCUUUUCUUUCUUAAUUUUUGAUAUUUAAGAAACUUGGUGCUUCACCUAGCUACCAAAAGGAUAGAGUUAACAUCACAUUUGAGUAGUAUAAGAUGUAUGUAGCAUAAUAUAUACAGUGGUACCUCGGGUUAAGUACUUAAUUCGUUCUGGAGGUCUGUACUUAACCUGAAACUGUUCUUAACCUGAAGCACCACUUUAGCUAAUGGGGCCUCCCGCUGCUGCCGCGCCACUGGAACACGAUUUCUGUUCUCAUCCUGAAGCAAAGUUCUUAACCUGAAGCAAUAUUUCUGGGGUAGCAGAAUCUGUAACCUGAAACAUAUGUAACCUGAAACGUAUGCAACCCGAGGUACCACUGUAACAGAAACAAAGAGCAGGCACUUAAGACCCCAGAUUAGAAAAUGCUGUACUGUGGUAACUAUCCGAAUGUGUGCAAACAAGCCUCACUGCAGAUUGGCAUAGAAAGUUGAUUCCUUCCUAAGCAGAGUAUGUCUCAAGUGGGUGUGGAGUCAUGAAAGAGCUCUCUCCAAAAGCAGAGAUGUAGUAGUACAGCUAUUAUCACAUGUUGUUUUGUAUUGUCACAUGUUAUUUGGCAGUGGUAGAGCCAGUGCUAGCUCCACUCCAAGUUGGACCUGUUUAAGUUGAUGUAUAUGACUAAUUUAGGUUCAAUAAUUUCGGUGGAUCUGAAGAACGCUGUCAAGGAAACACAUUUUACACCUUUAUUUUUUAUUUAACAAAGUUUAUUACUGUAAAUAGAACAUCAAAGUAGUUUACAAAAAAAACAGCCACACACUGAAAUUGUCAAUAAAAGACAAAUGUAUUCUUAAAAAACCAGAAUAUAAUUAAAACACAUGCUAACUUCUACUUGUCUGGAUAGGUUUGUCUGCACAAUUUAUUUUUUAGUAGACACCAAAAAGUGUGCAGCCAAGGUGCCUAUCUGAUGUCAAUAGGCAAAAUUUUCCAAAGUGUAGGUGCUGCCAAGCUAAAAAGAGAGAAAAUCUUCCAAGUGUGGAACAAGUAUUAUGUGGCACUUGUAACAAUGCCAGUUCCUCAGAUUGAAGCAGUCAAGUAGGCAUAUAUUGAGUGAAUGUAUAAGUAACUCAAAGUGAAAAAUGUUCUGCUCUAGAAUUGCUGUAGUAAUUUCUCUGUUUCAGAAGUUAGUGAUGGCCUGUAGAGUAGGUUAUGUUCUCAUGAUUUGCGGAACAUUCUUUGCUUUUUACUAUAAUCAUCUCACUAUUUAAGUACAAAGCAUGAUUCAGUAGAACUGUACAGCAGCAAUUUUAGAGCUUCUACCCUGAUUUCAAAUGGUGCUGGAAUACAGUCAUUCCAGCAUUUGCAAGUGUUGCUGAAGUAAUUGUUCAGGAAUAUCAGAGUAAAAAUGUGAGUUACUAUGUGCUAUUUUAACAGUAACUAAUCUGAAAGUCUCCUAGGAGAUUGGACCAUUGCUGGCUAAAAGAAAUCCAUAAAUCCCGCUUGCUGGUAGAUAUUUGAAACUUGAUAGCUUACACUGGCCGGAAGCCACUUCUUGUUUUGUAAAUUUAGAUACUCUUUCUAUCUGAACAUACUUGAUGCUUUUUUCAGGGUCAAGAACUUGAGGUUCCUGUUUUCGAAAAGGUUUCAUUUUACAUCUUGUCAAGUUGCCUUAAAAGAUGAAAGGGCCAGUAUUGUUUGCAGAUACUUCUUGCUGAAAAUUCAAAUGAUGCUUGCUGUUAGUAGGACUAUGCAAAAACCCAGGCUGCCAAAUCCUCAACGCGGGGUAAUAAGGUUACUGAGGAUUAAGAGUCCUAUCAUUGUUCAUAACCGUUGAUUAUUGAACUUUUCCCAAUAUUUUCUUCUGAUCUUUUAUAUCAACUCUACAAAUAGUUUGAGACAUGAUCUUACUCCAAGGUAUCCAGUUCUUAGAUCUUGCGAAAUGCUUACUGCUUUACUCUCAGCAAUUAUCCCAGUCCAAUCCCAGAAUUUACAUCCCUUAAGUUUGCAAAAGGCCAUUUACAAGCAACUUCCCAUUAAGCUCCACCAAAUGAUGUGAACCUGGAAACACCCUGUACAGAAGUACUCUCAGUUUCUAAUGCAGAGAUGACUGACCUGUGGCUCUUUAAAUGUUAUUGGAUUCCAGCUCCCAUCAGCUCCAGCCAGCAUGGUUAAGUAUGGUGGGAUGUGUUAUCGAACAGCCUUUGGGGGACUACAGGUUCCCCAUUCCUGCUCUAUUGAGUUCGGUGUCUGCUACUCCAUCCUGUCCACAUUUGCAGGCAGUGAUUCCAUCUGUGCCCUAGACAAUCUUUUCUUUGAAUCAAGACUUUUCUCUGAAGUUGCAGGUGUGCCUUGGAGUAGUACAGAUAAUGUUUUGCUGGCAGUGUUUGUUCCAGACUAGGUGUAGAAAAUAGUAGCAAUGUUGUAUCUAUCUAUCUAUCUAUCUAUCUAUCAUCUAUCUAUUUAUCUCCCCCCCCCAUCUGGCUGGGUUUCCCAACAGAAUAUUAAAAAUAUGAUCUUUAAAAACUUCCCUAAACAGGGCUGCUUUCCGAUGUCUUCUAGAGGUCAGAUAGUUGUUUAUUUCCUUGACAUCUAAUGGGAGGGCAUUCUACAAGGCAGGCGCCACUACCGAGAAGGCUCUCUGCCUGGUUUGUAGCUUAUGGCAGGGUUGAGAAACUUGUGGCCCUCAAGAUGUUGUUGGACCACAACUGCCCUUCAGUUAGUGCAAGCAUAUCCAAAGUCCAUUUUGGGGGCUUAAUCCGGCCCCUGUGGCAGUAUAUGUCCUGGGAUUAAAUCCUUUUAAAAGCUCAGCAACUCUGGUCAGCCCUCAUGCAUGUUCACUUCAUCAAAUCUGUCCCUCUUUGAAAAAAGUUUGGGCACCCCUGAGUUGGUGGGUGAUAGGAGUUCUAGUCCAGCAACAUUUGGAGGACCAAAGCUUAGCCACAUCUGGCUUACAGACAAGACCAGGAUGGAGCUUAAGGCCAAUAAAAAGCUGCUCUUGGCAAUGAAAAAUGUUCUUCCAGGCAUAGGGAGAAAAUUGAUGCAUAUAAGACAAUGGUGUGUAUGUAGGGAAGAGAAUUAUGGGAGCUUGUGUAAAAUAUAGGGAGUGAAGACUACAAAGAGAUGUCACUGUUUUGGCAGCAGCAUGUGAAAAGGUUUGAUACUUUCCAUGUCUCCAAACUUGUAAGAUAACAACUAGGUAAACAUAGUUAAAACUCCAGUGGCUCUUAGAACCUUAUUUAGACUAGAGAGUCACAAAAUCAUUUAAUAUUUUUUCCUAUUAAAGCAGUUUGGGGUGCAACAAAAACCUCCGUGUGAAAUACUUGGGGUAAAGUAUUGUCUUUGUAGAUUCCGCAUGUCCCUAAAGACAGUUGCAGUGCAUAAUUAUACUCUUUGUCAGAUUCAGUUGUGGACCCACACUGUACCACCUUCUUAUCUAAUAAUCACAUUGAAAAUAAAGGCCUACUGGGAGACUUUUUAAUGUUUUGCAGCAUCAUUAAAAAGUAAGCUUAUUGUAUGCCCUCUCUGAAAACUUAAAACAAGUGUUGGUUAAAAAAAAAAGUUGAUUUAAAAGAAAAUGUUUGGGAACAAAAUCAAUGUUUUGAAACAACAAGUCUGAUGAGUGCAACCUUAUGUUGCUUUCAACGUGCUGAAACAGUAUUUCCUUAUGCUCUUUAUAUUGAGCUUAUUUUAUUUAUUUAUUUAUUUUAAAAAAAUUAAAAUAAAAAAUGUAAAAAGAUAAUCUAAACUUCCUAUUUCUAUGUCACAGAAAACACAAAAGGGCAGGGGCCCAUUUUCAUUGUGUUUUUUAAGAAAUAAAAAAUGCAAAUACCUUAUGAACCGAGCUAAGAACAGUACUUAGACUCAGAUAAUGUACAUUAGCCUUCCUCUUGAGUUUGACGGCAGCUCAUUUUGCAAGUUGAGUAAGCCUUGCCUACAGUACAAACAUCAUAACAAUGAGACAUUUUAUGUUGCUUUAAUUUCUCAGCGUCCCUAGAGACAAGCUGUAGGCUGUGCAUUGACCACUGCCAAUAAAUAAUAUAGGCAAGCACUGGCAAGACAGAGGGGUGUGUGUGGGUGUGAGAAACAUGACAGCUCUUUCAGGCUUUCAGUAUGGGAAUCUGAGUCUGCAUCUGUAUACACUCCAGAGGGGGAAAGCUGAAAGAUCUGAAAGAGAGUUGUUUGCUUUGUAUACAGUUCCCCACCACCAUCCCGCUUCACAGUGUUUGUGGACUGAUUUUAAGACUAUUUUAAAAGGAUUAUUUGGGUAAAUGUUUAAGCUACUGUUUUAUACAUUCCUUGGAGUGCUUGCCUUACUUCCACAAGUUGUCUGCUUGCACAAGCAGGCUAUUGUGUCAGCAUGGAACUUAUAAAUCUCAGUCUAGGAAGCAUGUUCUUCCGUUAUGAAAGUUGCAGUGCUUGCUGUUGAUAGCAACUGGUUCCCGUAUAAUGCUGGUCACUUGAAUAAAUUGCCCUCAUGAGUGAGGAAGGUGAUUGGAAAGAACAUGUGAAGUGGCCCAUGAGCAAGGUCACUCCAAUCACUUAAAAAGAAAGAAAGAGAAAUUUCGCCAGGAGGUGAAAGAAUCUCUAAUUUGUCCAUGUUUUCUUUUUGUGUGAAUGUGUGGUGUGUGUGUGUGUGUGAGAGAGAGAGAGAGAAACCACGUGGAUGAUUUCCCUUUUUCAACUGUAUAAUUUUCUUUGGCUGUAUCAAGAGAGAUGAUGAUGCAGACAUUUCUAGUGAUGCACCACAAAAGUCAGGUGCCAUGAUUCUGGAAUAGGAUGUGUUGAGGGCCACAAAUAUGUGGUCCUAAAAGCAAGUUGAGCAAGCAGGUGGGGAUGUGGUCAACAGAACUGCAAGAGGGAUGUGAACAGUUAGAUCCCAAUCUUAUUGAGCCCAAUUUUUCCCAACCUGUGUGCAGAGCCAUUUCUGGUGCAUGAUAGCAAGUUGCAGUUCUAAAGUUGCUACGUGACAUUUUUUAGCAUACUUGUAGAAACCACAUAUUUAACAUGCUGAUUCAGUUUGAUAUAGCUAUGUUAAUCUUAUUUGAAGGUUUGGUGGAAUAAUAAGUUCAAAAGUAAAACAUUUUCAAGCUGUUGCAAAAUAAGAAUUGUGCUGUGUGCUCACAAAACCACUUUUAAAUGCCAUUUUAACCCCUUAAGGCUGUUGCAUUACAUGAGUAGGAAUUGCUGGUAUUGAUUUCCUGUUGUUUCUUGUUUUUUUUUUCCAGGUCAAGCAAAUAAAGUGGCUAAGGAAGCAGCCAACAGAUGGACUGGUGUGUCUGCAUUUGCAUUCCUUAGCAACAUCCCUGUCCCUUCCUUGAGGAAAAAUAAACUCAAGAGAAGAAGCAAUCAUUCAUAAAACUUGCAAUUUGUUAGCUCUUACCAGAGCUGCUAUACAAUUCAUAAAAUAUUAUUUAACUGGUAGUGUUUGCCAUUGCUCAGGAAAAUACUGCACAUGAAUGCUACUUCUCAUGAAUGCAUCAUUAUAAAUUUAUUUCAUGUGUUCUUAACAGCUGCAGUCAUUGCCACAUAUCAUUAUCAUUUUUGUUCAGUUUCAAAUCACUGUAUAUGUUAAGCAAACCCAGUCUGCAAAUAACAUGCGCAGUAGGAGAAUUUGUUCUUUGCAUUUCAUUUCUGCACAGCCUAUAACGGGGGGCUUUCUUUCUCUGCAAACUAGCAAACUGCUUGACUUUCAGCCAGUAAAAGACUGAUGCAGUGAGCCUGGAGGACACAAUUGUGUCUUAAAUUUGAUUCCACAGCAUAUCUUAGAUUACAGCAAGCUCUUCUUAUUCGUUAUCACCAGAUAUCCACGUUUAUGGGGAUCAACGAUACCAUAUAAAUGGAAUUUUGCACUUCGCAACUGCUUCACAUGACACCUUGUUAUCAGGUCUAAAGUAAUUGAUGUUUGUCUAGGAUUCAGCUGCAUCACUUCUUCACCCUGAUAAAGUCCAGUAGAAAAUAAAACAUGCACAUUCCACUCACUAAAUUGAUCUAUUGAACAUGCAUCACAGAAGGUGCAAAGUAUAACUAAAUAUGAUGGAUUGCCUUAUCCCACAUAAAGUUCUCUUUUAUGAUUAUCUUCCAAAGCCCUUCUCCAGCUGCCCCCUGCCCCCACCAUCAGAAGUUAGGCAGGUGGCUCUUGGAGAAUGGCCAUUCCACUUUUUGGAAUGUCCUUGCCAGGAAAGCUUAGCAGGCAUCAACUCUUUGUUUAUUUUCCUAGACCUUUUAAAACCACCUUCAGAGCAGCAAUGCUGAAGGGCAGGAUAAAAAUAACAAAUCUCCUUUUUGCUUGUUUUUUGUUGAGCUGCUCUGUUACGCCGCUUUAAGUGUUUGCAAGCAAUGCUGUUUUAAGAACUGGAUAUGUGUUGACUACUAAUUUGCCCUGGUCCCCUUCCUUGUGAUUUUCCAGUUCUGUUGCAAGAUCUGAUACCAGUUACCACUUGACAACUCCUGUUGUGGAGAGUUUCCUCCCAUCAGAUGUCCUGUUGGAGGUUUGAGACUGGUGAAGAAUCUCUAUGGGUAACAUACAGACAAGUUCAUGGUAACCAGUGUUAGGUGUUGCAACAGAAAGGCAGAAAAAUCACUUUGAGGAAGACCUUGGCAUGGAAUGGUAAUGUGUAGACUGGCCCUGCUGUUUCACACUGGCAGUGGGUCUUCUUUAAAAAAAAUAGAAUAGAAAGCCCUGAUGAUUGAAAUUAUGGAAUGGAACUCUCCAUUCUAAAAACUUCAUUUCUUGAAAACAAAAACCCAUCUUAUUUAAUUUUUUUUCCCCACCCCUAUUUUGUCCACAGAUAAUAUCUUUGCAGCAAAAUCUUGGGCCAAACGGAAGUUUGCAUUUGAAGAGAGCAAAAUUGACAAAACAUUUGGCAUUCCUGAAGACUUUGACUACAUCAAUUAGAAAGGUUUAGUAAGAAUGGCAAGUAAUUUAAUAUUGUUCAAGAGAUUUUGUUUUCAUUCCGAAGUUUCUUUUUCUUUUACCAUUAUUUGUAUUUUGGUUAAUAAAAUCUGAAAAUAUAUUGAAAAUAUAUUUUUGCUUUCACUCUGUGACCCAGUAAUUUUAUCUCAUAGAAUCAUAGAAUUGCAGACUUGGAAGGGACCCCAAGGGUCAACUAGUCCAACCUCCUGCAAUGCAAAAUGAGAGCUAAUUAUAAUCUAUUAUUAAGGUAGAUGCUAUAAUGUCCAUUUUGCUAGUUGCAUUAUGUCAGAAAGUGUUGCGGCCUAGGCCAAAAACGUGGGUGAGAGAAACUGGAAACCGUGUUUUAUGCUGGAAAAUAAAUAAGGCGGUGAAAUAAAUUACAUCUGUAAUUAAAAGUUUUGGGGGAAGAUAUGAAAGAACAGCUAUAUUCAUUUCAUGCAGUGCACUAGAUAUGCGCAAAGAAUAGGCAAUGCAGUUACCGUAUUUUUUGUCCCAUAGGACGCUCCAUCCCAUAGGACGCACCUAGUUUUUUGGGGGGGAAAUAAAGAAAAUCCCCCCCUUUAUUUCCCCCCAAAACCAGGUCGGGGAAACCGAACCAGGUCGAGGAACAGCGGGAUGGCGGCGCUGCGCCUCCUUGCUGUCCCCCGAGCUUGUGGGGCUGGCCGAUGUCUGUCCGGCGGGCAGGGCGCUCUGCUUCAGUGCGCCCGGCGCUCCAGGAAGCAGGCUGGAGUAAUCUCUUGAUGGUUUAGUCAGAUUUCCUAAGCUAUGGUCUAGGAUCACUGAGCAAUUUUGAAAAACCAGGUAGACCCAAAUAAAAGGCAUAAUGGGGCUGUACAUGAUCCUGAAGAGAUUGUUAAAAUUUGGGGUGGGGGAACCAGACCCCCCAUAAUCUCUACAUUCAGUGACGGGUUAGAAUUUGAGCAAAUUCAUGAAUUCAGCUGUGUUGUUGAAGAAACGAAAGACUUAAAAAGGCCUUUGAUAAAGGUAAGUCAUCAGGAAAACAUCAGACUCUGCCCAUUUUGCUAAGGGCUUGAGAAACAGCUUGCCAGGGUGACUGAGUGGGGGACGAUGCUGGAAGCAGAAGGGGAGUUGUUGUUUUCUCCCAAGUGCUGUUGGGAAGAAGGAGGAGGAAGUGGGGAGAAAUCCAUGGGGGCUGAAGGGCAUGAGCCAUCCUGGUUGGCUGAAGCAGGUUGUUACAGAGAGACAUGGGGAUGAUGCUUAGGAUGCCUCUGAAUCCAAGACUGCACAGCUGGGAAGGACAAGCCCCUUUAGAUGUGAAUGCUGUGAACUCUCUCUCCAUAAACCUCAGGUGUAUAUAUGUGUGAAUAAACCACACCUCCUAAAGACACUGCAGAAACUGCUGUGCCUCAUUUUCCCAAAGGAAACCCAAACCCUGAUUGAGUGCUAAGACCACUUGGCAGAGAUUGGGGUGGCCAGUAACAAUAUUUUCCUGGGAUAAGCAGAAGAGGCAGCAGAUUAGUAAAAUGUAGCAAUCACAAUUCGCUGACAAUAGUGCGAAAUAACACAAGUGCUGGAAAUUAUCCUCACACCCACCAUGACUUCAGUUUCAGUCAUUGUAAUAUUGUGUUACUCGUUGAUGACCUUUCUACAAGACUUGAAAUAAACAGUUGCUACACAGCUGUGGCAUCUUCCUCAAGUUCCUGCUUCUCAUUCGUUCAUUCAUUCACAAUCCCACGGCAAACAGCACCACCUGCACUGACGUCACCUGGCAGCUGCCUUUACCUGCACCUCAUCUGGGUCAGCCCCCCUGCAUUUCUCCCAUUGAUGAUACUUUGCUGCCAAAGCUGGCUGGGUUUCACAUGCUAGAUCUGUGGAAAGUGGUUCUGGUUGGACGUGUGCAUACACAGCUCCCAGGCAUCCACCUGUGGACAGAGUGCUGAUGUGUACGCACAUUUCCCAGUAUUGCCCCCUCUUUGCAGCCCUAGUAUAUGAACCCAGUGGACUUUAUGGUGGCAACAACAGGGCAAAAUGUAGAGCGGACUGAAUGAAUGGGGGAAGUCUACCACCACAAGGCAGUCAGCCAUCAGGGAUCUCUCUCGUUAAAAAAAAAUACAGUAUUUUUUCUUAAUACAUCUAUCUUUGCAUGCCAACGUUUUAGCUAUUAUUGAGAAAAUGGCAUCUAAUCCUGAAAACCCUCAACAAGUCUCAUCUCUCCCAUUGACCAUCUGCUGUGGCCUUGGACCAAUCAAAUGUCUUUCAGCUCUAAUCACCCAACUGUAACUUGUCUGGCUCUGUUAUUGUGAAAAAUAAACAGUUCAGAUUCUUGAUUUGCAGUGUGCUUUGUGAAAUGAUAAGUACUAGUAAUAUAUGUGCUUCCUUAAGAGCAAGGAGAUGAAAGACAUCCAAAACAUAAACAAAACAUAGUACAAUAUUAACUCCACUGAAACCUUAAUAAUGCAGUAAUUCAAAAUAUGCGUUCUGACC